CCGGACACGGAGCGGAGCAGAGCCGCCCGCCGCCCCGCGCAGCACUCCGCCCCUGGCCGUCCUCCGCGCUUCUCUCGCUCCAGCGUCUGCCCCGCGGCCCCUGCGCCCAAUGAAACUGGCCGCGAUGAUCAAGAAGAUGUGCCCGAGCGACUCGGAGUUGAGUAUCCCCGCCAAAAACUGCUACCGCAUGGUCAUCCUGGGCUCCUCCAGGGUGGGCAAGACGGCCAUCGUGUCGCGCUUCCUCACCGGCCGCUUCGAGGACGCCUACACGCCCACCAUCGAGGACUUCCACCGCAAGUUCUACUCCAUCCGCGGCGAGGUCUACCAGCUCGACAUCCUCGACACGUCCGGCAACCACCCGUUCCCCGCCAUGCGGCGCCUCUCCAUCCUUACAGGAGACGUUUUCAUCCUGGUGUUCAGCCUGGACAACCGCGACUCCUUUGAGGAGGUGCAGCGGCUCAAGCAGCAGAUCCUCGACACCAAGUCUUGUCUCAAGAACAAAACCAAGGAGAACGUGGACGUACCCUUGGUCAUCUGUGGCAACAAGGGUGACCGCGACUUCUACCGCGAGGUGGAGCAGCGCGAGAUCGAGCAGCUGGUGGGCGACGACCCCCAGCGCUGCGCCUACUUCGAGAUCUCGGCCAAGAAGAACAGCAGCCUGGACCAGAUGUUCCGCGCGCUCUUCGCCAUGGCCAAGCUGCCGAGCGAGAUGAGCCCGGACCUGCACCGCAAGGUGUCGGUGCAGUACUGCGACGCGCUGCACAAGAAGGCGCUGCGCAGCCGGAGACUGCUGCGCGCGGGCGGCGGCGACGCGGGCGACGCCUUCGGCAUCGUGGCGCCCUUCGCGCGCAGGCCCAGCGUGCACAGCGAUCUCAUGUACAUCCGCGAGAAGGCCAGCGCGGGCGGCCAGGCCAAGGACAAGGAGCGCUGCGUCAUCAGCUAGGAGCCCCCGCCCACCGGCGACACGACCUAAGGAGGACCUUUUUGUUUAAAAGUCAAAUCCGAGGCCCCGACCAGCCCCGUGAGCCUCCGGCCGCGAGCCCGCGCGGACUGGCGUCUUCCCUCCCCGCGAGCGGGCCCCGCACUGGGGAGGCGCCGUCGAGCCGAGAAGGGACAGUCAUCUGCUCUGGAAGGAAAGAGAACUGGCCAAGACUGAACUCCCCUCCCCGUCCUGGGUCCCUCUGCCUGGCGCCCCACGACUGGGGGGCAAGGGCCCUGCGGAGCGUGCGCCUGUCUGGACUCUCCCGGGAGUGGGGAGGGGCGCCUACGCUCAGCAUGGCGUUGGGCUUCGGAAAACCGUCCUGACCCGCUGUGGGUCGGAACAACGGGCAUUAUCCUGUCUGGGGUUCUGGGUGGUGGUGACAGUUAACACCUCCGCCCUCCAGAAACUAAGAGGGUGUAGGUCAAAUUAUAGUCAAGUGACCUGUUUACAUGUGUGUGCGCGCGUGUGAAGUUGCACAAAAGAAAAACAAAACACAAAACUUGCACUUUAAUAGCAGUUCUGGUGUCGACAUGAACAAAAGCUCUUACCCAGGUGUUCAGACUGUGUGAGAGGUCUUUAAAGUUUUUGUAGUUGUUUUUUUAAUAUGAAAUAAAAUAACUUCAGAUGGAA